GAGUGCACGCUAUUAAUCAAAUCAAAUCAGAUCAACCAACUCCCGGGCAAAGCCAUGCGCCGUGGAGCAAGGAGGCCUCGCCCCCGCUUCCCACCUUGGCUCUCCCUUCCUCGCUUCCACUCGAAGCCUCUCUCCCCCUCUUCCUCCACGCCUUCCCCAUGGUUCUCCCCUCCCUCUCCCCCACCCUCCGACCCCCUCCUCAUCACCAUCUCCCGCGCCAUCGCCGACGCCGACAAGACCCCCUUCGAUUCCUCCCUCAAAUCCCUCCUCCCCUCCCUCACCCCCGCCCUCUUCGUCUCCCUCCUCACACUUAACCCCCUCUCCCUCCCGCCCUCCUCCCUCCUCUCCUUCUUCCACUGGCUCUCCUCCCGCCCCACCUUUCGCCACACCCCCCUCUCCUAUCUCGCCAUGGCCCACCUCCUCCACCGACGCCGCCUCCCCUCCCUCGCCCGGCCCCUCCUCCGCCUCCUCGUCGCACGCCGCGGCCGCCACUCUGCCCCCGCCCUCUUCUCCGCCGCCCUCCAGGCCGCCGCCCCCCGCCCCCCUCACCCUUCCCUCCUCGACACCCUCGCCCUCGAGUACGCCGACGCCGGCCUCGUCUCCGACGCCAUCCACUGCCUCCGCCUUGCCCUCCGGCACCGCCUCCCCCUCCCCUUCCGCUCCUCUGCCCACCUCCUCCACCAGCUCAUGAGGUCCGACUCCCCCGCCGCUGCCUGGGUCUUCUACUCGGAGAUCCUCGCCGCUGGAUUCCCUCCCAAGCUGCAAACUUUCAACGUGCUAAUGCACUCUCUCUGCAAGGAGGGUAAGGUCAGGGAGGCCCAUUCUGUUUUCGAUAAGAUUCGGAGGUUUAAAACUGAGCCCAGUGCCGUCAGCUUCAACACUCUCAUCAAUGGGUACUGUAAAGUUGGCGACUUGGACGCUGGAUUUGAUUUGAAGAGACGGAUGAUGGAAGCUGGGGUCCAUCCUGAUGUUUUUACCUACAGUGCUUUGAUCGGGGGGUUGUGUAAAGCCAGCAGAUUGGAGGAUGCCAACCAGUUGUUCGAUGAAAUGUGCUCUAGAGGGUUGGUUCCCAAUGCCGUUACAUUCACCACGCUGAUUGAUGGGCACUGUAAAGACGGGAAGGUUGUGGCUGGGUUGGAGAUUUAUCGAGAGAUGUGUAGGAAAGGUACUCAACCGGAUUUGGUUACUUUUAAUGCUCUUGUGAAUGGCCUCUGCAAGGCCGGGGAUUUGAGGGAGGCGAAGCGGGUUGUGGAGGAAAUGAGGGGAAGAGGUCUGAAGCCUGACAAAGUGACUUACACUACUUUAAUUGAUGGGUGUUGCAAGGAGGGACAUCUGGAGUUGGCAAUUGAGGUUAAAAGGAGAAUGGUGGCUGAAGGGGUUGAGUUAGAUGACGUGACCUACACAGCGCUUAUUUCGGGGUUGAGUAGAGAAGGGUGGGUGGUGGAUGCAGAGAGGACACUACAUGAGAUGGUGAGGGCUGGUAUGGUCCCCGACGAGGCGACAUAUACUAUGGUAAUUGAUGCAUUUUGUAAGAAAGGGGAAGUUAAGACAGGUUUUAAGUUGCUCAAGGAGAUGCAGAGUAAGGGUCAUAAGCCAGGGGUCAUCACAUAUAAUGUGAUCAUGAAUGGGCUUUGCAAGCUUGGACAGAUGAAGAAUGCUAACAUGCUCUUGAAUGCCAUGCUUAAUCUAGGAGUUGUCCCAGACGAUGUCACUUACAAUAUUCUUUUAGAGGGGCAUUGCAAGCAUGGAGAAGUUGAGAAUCAUGAGGAGUUAAGGGGUGAAAAGGGAAUGGUUUCGGAUUUUGCAGUUUAUACAUCCUUGAUCAACGAAUUAGUUAGAAAACCUAGGAGCCACCAAAGUAAAUAGAGACAUGAUGGAAUAUUAGGUACCAUCCUUCUUAAAGGUGUUUUUACUCUAGAAGAUUUUCAUUUGUUACCUCUUCAAGGCUUUUGAAGUUGCAUAUGAAUUGGAGUCUCUUUAUAACUUUUGGACGGCAAUUUAUCAUUUCUGUCGUGUCCAUAUAUAAGAGACCGGACAGUCUAGACUUCCAUCUGGCAGAUUUUCUUGUGAUCUUCCCUCACCAUUCCGUUCAUUUAGUUCCAAGCUCUGCGUCCAUGAUUCUAUACCACCUCCUUUACUUUGGCUUGAAAUUUGGAAGCAAUGUAGGGAGGGUUGACACUAAUCGGAAAAUAUCCUCAGCUGUGGAUCAUACCUUUUCCCAUAAAGCUAACACCUAAUUGAUAGGAUAAAUCUUGCAACUUGCAACACAAGGUUAAGUCAUUGCCUACAUGAAGAUGGAAAUGAAGUGAAUGGCAUGUCUUCCAUGUCUUCCCCAAAUAUGAAAAUGAUUCUAAACAACAAUUUAUGCUGCCUUCCAACAUUUAUUGCGCAUUGCAUCUCCUUUCUCUCCUCUUAUAUGCGAUGCCUUUUCCCUCUACCAGCAAUCAUUUUGCAAUAGGAAUCAUUAGGUAUGCACAAACAAACUUGUUUCUUUUGAAUACAGAAUCUCUCUCUUUCUAGCCAUGUAUAUUGCAUGUCUAUCAUGGCAAUAAUACAUUAAUGAACAAACCUGAAACUGUAAGGUUGAACUAGAACAAAUGCCAAAUUCUUUGAUUAAUAUCCAACAUCAAAAUUUUGAUAGCAUAUUAGAGUAUCCUCAGUUAACAAGAAGAAAAAUUUGACCCUCUUUUCUAGGCUACAGGCAUCCCUGCCUUCUAACUUCAGGAUCUUAUCUUUGUUGUGAAGCUACUUUUUUUAUAAAUAUUUUUGCUUGCUAUUCUCCCAGCAUGUCUCAAUUAAAUUUAACAUUUAUUUCUGUCCUCUU